AUGUAUAACAACCCAACAAUCCGUCACAUAGACCCUCUACGCAACAAUACAAUCCUCUCCAAUAUUUCCGGUAUAACUUUCGAUUCAACAAAGCUCUCUCCCUACGAUGGUAAAUUAGUCCCCUUACAUCCCGAAGAAUUCCUUGAGCAAGCAGAACAGUAUUUCCUCACCCAGCCCCCGGUUCAUGAUCAACUAAAAAUUAACUACAUAAAAGAGCGAUUUACUGGCGACGCUAGACUCUGGUAUAACACCUUAUUACCCUCCCCAUCUGUAUACCAGGACUUUUUAUUAUUGUUUAGAAACCAUUUCUGGUCUACCAACCAGCAACGUGCCAUUAGGAAUGAAUUAUACCGGCCAUAUUUUCAUAGGGACAAUUCAUCCCUCCAAAAGCAUGCUAUGGAUUGGAUUAACCGAGCCCGUUUCCUGAGACCCCCGAUCGAUCAAGCCGAAAUGGUUGACCAAAUUAUAUCCCACUUUUCAUUUAACAUUUCCGUCGCCCUCCGAGGUCUCCGUAUCGUCACAACUAAUGAACUCAUCCAACAGCUCUCCCACCUUCAACAGGCCCAUUCCCCUCAAAAUACCCAGAAUAGUCAAACUGACUCCUCUCAUCAAAAUCAAAAUUCACAACAGAACUCCUUUGGCCACAAUAAUCAAAAUAGAUACCCUCCCCGUCAAAACAAUUACUCCCCUCGUUUCAAUAGUUACAAUAGACCUCAAACGGAUAACACUCAAAAUCAAUCAUCACACCCAUCACCAGACCAGGCCACUUCCCCUUCGGGAAACUAG